AUGGAUGCUAAUAUGGCAACAAUAUUUUUUAUUUUUGGUACUGCAAUAGCGUUGGCUAUUUUUCUCUUAUUUUUGUGUAUGUUGAGAAGAUAUACUGAUAUUGGGGCAUUUCCAAAAGAAAGCAGAAUAAGACUCUAUUGUACAGAAAAAGAACGCUAUAUUAAUGCAAACUUUGUUGAUAGUUGUGAUGAGAAACAUGCUUAUACUACCCAGGCCCCUUUACCUAACACUUUUGGCGACUUUUGGUUAAUGGUAUGGCAAGAAAAGUGUCAAUUAUUAAUUGCUAUAAUUAAUAUGGUUGAAUGUGGAUUUAGAAAAUGUGAUCAAUAUUGGCCUGAAGAAAUUGAAGAAAAAAUUUUGAUAGAAAAUUUUUGUAUAAAAUUAGUGGCUGAACGUUCAAAUUCUGUUUUUACUCACAGAGUUUUAGAAAUUAAAAAUAAUUUGAUAGAAAAUGGAGAAGAAGAAAAUAUUAGAACAAUACAUCAAUUACAUUUUAUGGAUUGGCCGGACAAAGGAGUCCCUUCAACCCCAUUUCCUUUGCUUCACUUUAUUAAUUAUGUUGCCGAUUUACAUUGUUCUUCACAAAAUCAAGAUGUUUCUUCUUCUACUACUCCCUGUGUAGUUCAUUGUAGUGCGGGUAUUGGAAGAUCCGGUUCAUUUAUUUUGGUGGACUCUUUGAGAAGACAUUUGCUUUGUUGUGACCGUAUUGAUGUCAGCGAACAAUUAAAAAGGAUGAGAAAACAAAGAAUUCAAUUAGUCCAAACACUUGAACAAUUUGUAUUUUGCCAUGAGGUUCUUAAACAUUUGGUAUCGAAUGGGAUUACUAGACAACCUCGAACACAUUUUCCCAAUUAUUGCCAAUUUUUAUUUACCAAAUUAACACCAAAUGGACAAAGAAGAAUAUCAGCACAAGCCCAGACUCUAAUAUGCAACAAACACAUUGGGAAAGAAUUAAACAACAAUAACAACAACAAUAUUUUCCCAAAUUUUAUUCCACUUGCUGGGUAUCAUAAAAAUGAAGAAUUUAUUAUUUUAAAUAAUAAUUUUAAAAAUUGGCAAGAUGAUGUUUGGCAAAAAAUUUGGAUGGCCAAGUGCAAGGUGGGUAGGAUUUGUUUAAUUUUUUUUCCCGCCUUUCCAGCGGGAAUAAUCUUGUUAUGUCCGAGGGUUGUACGAAAGUCGACGUGCAAUAGAUUAACAACAAUUUAUCCAAAAAGAGAGAAAUGA